AUGGACCUCAUCGAAAGCAUGGACGGCGCCACUAUUCGCGCGGACAAACAGACAAAAAAGGGGAGCGUCAUGGACACAAUCCGAAUGGUCCUUCGAUGCGACUCGAGCAACGCAAACACUGCCUUCGGACGGCUUCUUCAAGCCCACCCCGAACUGGGUUCUCGCUGCACCCGGUCAAAGCUGAAUGGCAAAGGCAACGAGACGCCGGUCGCCGACGCCAAAACCCUAAUCGAAAUUGUGUGGCUACUCCCCGGCAAGAAAGCACACUCAUUCCGUCGCCAGUCGUCCGAGAAGGUGUGCCGCCUACUCGGUGGCGAUCUGAGCCUCGUGUCCGAGAUCGAGGCCCGCCACGCCACCCUGCAGAGCACCGAACAAGGGCGCGAGACGCAAGAAUUCCUCCUACAUGGACGAGAGGAGGCCGUUGAAACCUUCGAUGGAAUGCCAGCCGGCUUCAAGUACCUCUCUGAGACCGACCGCGCGCAGGUCGCCAAGCGAAUGAUUGAUCAGCAGCUCAAGGCUGGCGACCAGGCCCUCAAGCGGAAGAGGGUCGACGACCUCGUGCACAGCUACCGAGCCAUACAAGACAUCGGCGUUCGUCUCGACGGGCGCACCCUGAUCGAGUUGCGCGACAGCGUAACAAUCCUCAGCCGCCAGAAUACGGUUGAAGAUGAUGCGGUGGCCGUCGCCACCCCGCUCCUGCAGGACUCCAACACCUCAACACAUGAGCUUGCCUCGGCGCAGAGGGGUAAGGAGACAGGCAUCGUGGUCGUGUCCUCCAAAAUUGGCAUAAGGGUUCCACAAAACUUGUGCGGGAAGGUUGGAAAGUUGAUGCGACAACUGUACAUCAAAAAGUACGCCCUUCCCGGCAACUGGAAUGCUUUUGUCAAGAGGCAAACGCUCAUCAACGGAAGACCCGUGAUGGAAAAUUGCUUUUUUUCAAGGGAUGAAGACAUCAUCGAGCAAGCCAUUCGAGAAGUCAUGCAUGAAUAG